AUGGCAACUGGUAAAGAAAAAUGUUUUACAUGUGCCAAAGAUAAAAUUGUAUACUUAUGCGAAGGAUGUUCACAAAAAUUUUGUUUAACGGACUUAACAAAACAUCGUCAAACACUUCAUAAAGAAUAUGAGUCAAUCAUCGCCGAUUGUGAUGAAUUUCGGCAAAAAAUUAUCGAACAGAAAGAUGAUCCAAAUCAACAUUUAUUAAUACAAAAAAUUGCCACAUGGGAAACAAAAUCAAUUAAGAAAAUUAGACAAACAGCAGAAGAAUGCAGACAGACAUUACUUCAGCAGACAAAUGACAAUCUUAUUGAAACAGAGAAGGAAUUGAAUAAAUUUAUAGCAGAUUCCAGACAAAUUCGUCAAGACGAUGAUUUUAAUGAAAUUCAUUUAAAUCAACUGAAAAUAAUAUUAGAAAAACUGAAAAAAGAAUUCGAUCGACCAUCAAGUAUAUCAAUUCAAGAAGAUACUACAGCAUUUAUAAGCAAACUAUCAGUCUCAACGAACAUUAGCAAAGCCGUAAACACUAGUCCAAAUGAUAUUGAUUUAAGUGGUAAAUGGACGUGUGACGAUGGUGGAUUGUAUUAUAUUCGACAAUUGAAUAAUGUAAUAUGGUGGUUUGGCGUUCAACAGGUCACCAGCAAUCAAAAACCGAGGUUUUCUAAUGUUCUUCACGGCACGAUUGAUUCAUCUGUAGUGAAUGCGCAAUGGUGCGACGUUCCAUUAGGUCGAGAUAAUUUGAGUGGUUUAAUUACGUUCGAAAUCAUUAAUGUUGGUGAACUAAAAAAAACAUCAUUUACAGGAUCAUUUGGUGGUUCAGCAUGGAAAAGGCAAUAA